UUAUGGAAAACAUUCUCCUAAAAAUAUUUCUUAUUUGUGUAAAAUAUGUUUUUUUUUUUUAAUACAACAGUUACACUAUAUGCAGUUCUGUAACAAGAAUCAGGGCAGAAUUUCUUGCAUUAAUACGUGCAAUGUGUGAUUAAGAGGGGAUGGAAUGUUCAUAAUGAUCCAAUUAAAUCAAUAUUAUUUUGUUAUUUUCUGAAAAUUAUGAGCUACAAUUAAAAUCCAGUGAUAAAGUUCCUGCCCUGUGAUUGGCUGGCCUGGUCACAUGGCCAACUAACUUUAUUCAGUUGACAGCAAGUAGGAGGGCUCAAUGGAGGCAAGAAAAAAAAGACAAGAGCAGAAAAAUUAGUAUUUUCUAUCCUGAGAAAUUAAUGGCCAUGAGUUCUUAUAUGGUAAACUCUAAGUAUGUGGAUCCUAAAUUCCCUCCAUGCGAGGAGUAUGUGCAGAGCAGCUACCUAGCAGAACAAGCCCCUGAUUUCUACAGCUCCCAGCAGGGCUCUGACUAUCACCAGCAUCCAGCUAUCUACCCCUCCCGGCCAAACUACAGCGAGGACUCUUCCUUCAGCUGCAGCCACCAUGCACCAGGCUCUUCUGCAUUGCAGCCCCGGGGUCAACAUGGGCAGGAACCACAGAACCCUUACACUGCUCCUGAGGAGCCUUGUCCUGCUCCUGCACAGAUCUCCAGACCCUGCAGCCAACAGCAGCAUCCUAAAAAUGGAAGUCUUUCCAAGCAGCCUGCAGUAGUGUACCCCUGGAUGAAGAAAGUCCAUUGCAACUCAGUCAACCCAAAUUACACGGGAGGGGAACCCAAGCGGUCCAGGACUGCAUAUACCAGGCAGCAAGUUCUGGAACUGGAGAAAGAAUUCCAUUUUAACAGGUAUCUGACCAGACGUCGCAGGAUAGAGAUUGCCCACAGUCUGUGCCUCUCUGAGCGCCAGAUAAAAAUCUGGUUCCAGAACAGGAGGAUGAAAUGGAAGAAAGACCACAAGUUACCCAAUACAAAGGGAAGAUCUUCAUCUGCUUCUUCUCAGCACAUACAGACUCUUAAGGAGCAUCAGACUGACCUUACCUCUUUAUAGGAAGAAAUGCAGAUUGCUAUUAUUUUGUUAUUUUUUACUUUUUAUUGUUAUUUUCUUUUUGAUCUGUAAUAUUUCCAGGACUUCAUACAUGCAGCAGUGUAAACCUAUACAAGGACUAGAAUGCUCACAACUACCAAGAAUGUCUCCUCAGUAGAAAUUCUGGACAUCAUAAACUGUGAGGACAUGUUUCUUUUAUUCACACCAAGAGGAUCCUACAAUGAGAUCUAUGGAAAUUUGUCUUAGGUAAAAAUCUGUCUGUAUGUUCUGUCUGAUAGCACAGGGCAGCAUUGGGUUAACAAGGAAAAGGGAGAGAUAAAACAUAAAUGUGGGGACCAUAUGGGGAAGCUCCACCAUGAUUUCGUUGUUUCUUCUUUGCUACUGCCAGUAUUAUGAAUCACACGAUACCAAAAUACAGGAAAAUUAUUAUUAUGAAAUAAACGGGUUAUUUUAUUUGUAAAGUGUAUUCACUUAUUUAUUUAAAGGGGAACUGUUCUCAUAAAACACAAGGAAAAAAAUAAUCCUAAUAAUAAUACAACCAUAAAGCCAAAUAUACACAAAGGAGAAUUGUUCUCAUGUAUAGUGUGGAGGGAGGACGCUCACUCUGACUAUUCUAUAUAUUUAUGUCUGGCUUUAGAAUGAGAUACCUAGUUAAAGGUAAUUAUUCAAUAGGAUUUUAGUUUGUAGACAAAAAAAACGUAAUUUUGGGUUUUAAAUAAAUAAGAGAAAUUUGAUAAAUGUGAUAUUUUUAUGGGUAAAAAUCCACAGGAAAAAAAAUAAAAUAAAAAAUGGUCAUAGUAAACUGUACAGUUACAUGUAGCAUAUUCUGUUUUAUUUGUAUUAU